CUACUUUAGAAUUACGUCACAUUUGAAGUGUGUAAUCUGCUCCAUGAUUCAGUAAAUUCCAUAUGGCUAUUUUUAUAAUAGGUUAAAUACGAAUAUCGACGUUGGAACGAUAAAGGCCGUCAGUCAAUCUAAAGCAUUCCUAUCUUGACUACAUAUCGCGAAAUAGCCAAACCAUAAUGACACGACCAGCAACAUUAGAAAAUCUGCCCCUAUAUUUUUCUAGUAAUGUGAAGUCGACUUUUAAAGUGGUAAUUACUAAUUCACCCCUCGGUGGAAGAGGUCUAUUUGCAAGAGAACGUAUAAAUAAAGGUUCCCUUAUUUUUACCAAUGAACCUACUGUGUAUGGUCCUCGAGCGAACUGUGAAGUUAAAAAAAUUUGCUCCAACUGCUUUCAUAUAAGUGAUUUGUGUUAUCCUUGUGGAAAGUGUUACGCCUAUGUUUGCUCCGAUAUCUGCAAUGGUUCCUCAGAUCACAUUAAACUGUGUUCUUUCAUCUGUAAUAAUUGGAGAUUGAAAAACAAUUGGGACAAAAUUGAAAAAACACCUCUGGUACUGGCGCGCAUGAUAAUAUACGUACAAUUUUUGUUACUUUCUGAAAAACAAAGAGAUUUAUUGGGAUUAUUUCAAAGAAGCCAAAUAAAAGAUACAUUUGAAGAAUUAAAUAAAUUACAGUGUAUUUAUUAUUUACCAGAACAACAUGUUGAGUUUCUGAAUAUCGUUGAAUCAAUUAUUAAAAUAAAUUCGUUUAGAAUAAGUCAUAGCCUAAUCGGUAACAAGAUUGAAUUAAGGGGCUUAUAUCCAUUAUCUUCCUUUAUGAAUCAUAGUUGCAUUCCUAAUACUAGAAAUGUUUUUACAUCAAACUAUUUAAUGACUGUUUUUGCAACUAAAGAUAUAGAGAAAGGAGAUGAAAUAACCAGUUGUUACACGGGUCUUUUGUGGUGUAGUCCUGCUCGUCGCUACCAACUUUAUAAAUCCAAGAACUUCUGGUGUUUUUGUACGAGAUGCAACGAUAACACAGAGAUGGGAACAAAAUUGUCAGCAUUGAAAUGCUUUAACAAGCCCUGCAUCGGAAAUUUGUUGCCUAAAAAUCCUUUAGAUUUACAAACAAAAUGGUUUUGUAACAGUUGUAAAAUAUUUGUACCUUACACAAAAAUAAAUAUGAUACAAAGUGUGUUGGGAAGCCUUGUGGGAACUCUUAGACUGGACGACGAAAUACGUCUGGAAAAUAAUAUUUUACAACGCCUGACUAUUUUCAUCCCGUAUUCAAAUCACGUAUUUGUUGACAUACGCUUAAGAUUGGCAAUCAAACUUGGAUUUACAGAUGACGUCAACAUUAAGGAGCUAUCGGAAUCUCGCUUGGAACUGAAAGAGAGCCUGUGCCGCGGCACGCUGCGUACGGUGGCGGCGCUGGGCGCGGGCGACGCGCACCUGCGUGGCCUGCUGCUUUACCACCUGCACGCCGCGCUAGCAGAACGCGCCCGCCGCUCGCCAGACCAGUAUGAGGAACUGAAGUCGGAAAUUGAGAUAACCAUAGAGCAAGCUUAUAAUAUUCUUCAAGGCGACAUAUCUGCACCACCAGAUCUUGAACUGAGAAGACAAUACCUCGGGCCAGGCUGCGAUAAGCCACAAGAAGAAAGAUUUUUUAUUCUUGAUUCACCAGACAAAGUCACUAAUACAUUAUAAUAUCGUCAUUAUAUAACAUAUGUCUAAAGUCAAUGAACUAAAUUAGAAAAUUCAUUUAGUUGCCAAAUAA